AUGGAACAUCAAGUACCUUCUUCUGUUGCCCAAAUUGAACAAGUAAUAGCCCAACUUUAUGGUGGUGGUAGUGGUUUAGAUCCACAAUAUCAAAAGUCGGCCCAAGAAUUCAUUCAUAAUUUUCAAAAACAGACUUACGCGUGGGAUUUGGCUCCUCAACUAUUGGCUUCGCAGUCUAUUAAUAGCCAAUUCAUUGGUGCUCAUACCUUUCAAGUAAAAAUCUCACGAGAUUGGAAUACCUUAUCCUUGGAGAAAAAGCAAUGGUUACGUAGAGAACUUCUCGAAUGGAUUGUAAGAUUAUCUAAUGGUGCUAAUUUAGUUUUAACAAAGUUAUGCCUGGCACUUACUGCUUAUGCUAUACAAGCGGUACCAGAUAUAUGGACAAAUUUUAUACCGGAAGUUUUCGAAAUGUUACAUAAUGGAGCCAUUGCUGUUUCUACUCAAAAUCCAGGACAAUCAUUAUUUAUUGAAUUACCUCUUCUGGAAUUUCUAACUGUUGUUCCUGAAGAAGUCAUAAGAGGAAAUAUGGUUGGAGAUAAAAAAGCCAAGGUGAACCAAGAACUCCUUGAUUCUAUUCCAAGAGUUUUGUCAACUUUAAAAACCAUAUUAUCAAAUUAUCAAGCUCAACAACAACGAGAUAUUCUUAUAAAAAAAAAAGGACUAAAAUGUUUACAAAGUUGGAUCAUAUAUGGUGUUCCGUUUGAAUCUCUAUAUCCUCUAAUAGAUGAUGUUAUAAAUCUUUUUCCAUUCGAAUCAACUUAUGAUGAGGCGACUGAAGUACUUAUGGAAUUAUUAUCAUUACCUCGUAUCGCUAAAUAUCAAGAAACAAUUUGUGAAAAAAUACUUUGUUGUAUGACUAGUGAAUGGGCAAAAAAUCAAAUAACAACAGCUAUUCAUGAUGGAAAUGAAAUGAUUUCAAGAAAUCUUUGUCGAUUGAUGACAACAUUUGGGGAUAAUUUCUCGGAUUAUAUUGCAAUUCAUUUUUUGAGACAAGAUAUAAUUAUUUAUCUUGAAAUGAUGAUUAUGUUUAUAGGAUUCCCAGGUUACUUCGUAAUUCCAGUAAAUGAUGAAAAUGUUAGUGGUUCGAAGAUGGUUUCACUUGAAGAAGCUCAAAAAAUACGUGAAGCUUCAAUCAUAGUUUUUCAAAGAUUGAUGGAAGUAGUACGAACUAAAGUUCAAUAUCCUCCCGAUGAUGAAUGGGUAGAAUGGGCUAAAGAUGUUAAAGAACGAUUUAAAAUUUAUAGAAGGGAUGUGGGAGAUACUGUUCUAUAUGCAUAUUACGUAUUACGGAAUCAAAUGUUUGCAUAUUUAGUGGAAUUAGCCAUUAUGCAAUUAUCAAUGCCUGGAAGAGAUCCAAGUCAAUGGCAGGAUUUAGAAUCAACCUUAUUUUUCUUAAAAUCAAUAUCUGAAGCUGUUGAUAAUAAAGAAAAUACUUAUUUACCUCGUUUAUUUGGAUCGGAAGUAUAUGGAAUGUUGCCCGUUCAAGGAAAUAGUCGCCUAAGAAACACUGCUUUAUCUCUUAUUGGUUGUUACGCAGAGUGGCUUAAACGACAUCCAGAGUACAUUUUUUCUGCCCUUAAUUAUCUUGUUUCAGGAUUAAGUGAUCCCGAAACUUCUUCAUUUUCAGCUUUGUCAUUUAAGGAAGUGUGUGAUACUUGUCGAGAAUCUCUUGUAAAUGAAAUAGAUAGUCUCAUUAACAUGUAUAUGGUAGUUGGUCCUCAUAUUCAAACUAGAGAAAAGCAAAGAGUUAUUGAGUCAAUAGCGGAUGUAAUUCAAGCCUUACCUCCUGAAAAAAAGAUGGAACCAUUAUUGAUUAUUUCAAAUAGUUUUAUCGGAAAUUUACGUGAAGCUAUAAUUCAUGGCAAGCAGAAUCCAUCUCCAUACAAGGAAACCAUAAUUAUUCAUUUAGAAUAUCUUACAUGUUGUGGUCGUGAAAUUACUGGUAACAUUGCUGAAAUAUGGUGUCAUGAGAAUGAAGUGAUGGAGUGUUUAUGUAAAUUUCUGAAUACUGGAAUUCGCGUUACGGAAAAUCUACUUUCUAUACCUUUCGAAGUGAUCAUUUCUUUGGUACAAAUUUCUUAUCGAAGGAAUCCAUUUUCUUGUUGGUUAGAUACUUCUGCUCAAGUGGUAACAGUUUAUGGACCAAAUAGUAGACAUGGUCCUGCAUUAAGAAAUAUGUUGGCUGAAAUUACUACGAUAACUAUACAGCAAUAUGUGAGAAAUCAACAGGAAUUAUUUAACAACAUAAUGACAUUUUCAGUGGUGGGUUUGAGUUUACAAGAAAGGCUGGCUCUAAAAUCUGCAAUCACUUUCAUGGGAGAAUUUGUUGGUCAGCAUUAUGAAGACGAACAAUUAUCGAAAGGAAUUGAAAAUAUUAUAAUGACUUAUGGAAUGGAAAUAAUGAGGGAAUUAAUUUCAGGGAUCGGUGGGAAACUUCCAAGGUCAUUUGUUGUUUCAUUGUCUCUUGUAUUACAUAAAAUUACUAGUCGUUACGUCGAAGCAAGUAAAGAAUGGCUCAGUGUAUUGUUGAAUCAACAACAUUUUGCGAAAUCCAUAUUAGGUACGCGAAGUAUACAAAAAUAUAAAGAAAUAGUUACUAAUUUUUCAAUUAAAUGUCGAGCUUUAGGAGAUACAGCAUACGGAUAUGCUUGA